CCCAGGCAACCACCCACAAAUCCCUGCUCACUUCCGCGACAACCACAGCAGCAGCAGCUCCCGACGAGCUGCGGCGAUGUCGUCCUCCCCGCGUCGCGAAAGAAAGCUUCCGUCGCGCUGCGUCUCCGAUCCGCUGGAGGACGAGCGGGAGCGGGGCGAAGCGCGCCUCUUCCGGACGCUGCUCGGCAGCUGCUACGGGCCCCAGGGCGGCCUCAAGCUCCUGCGUAACGCGGUCGGCGGCCCCACCGUCGCCACCUCCACCUCGGCCGUGCUGCUCCCGGCCCUGCACCCGCCGGGCCCCGUCCUCCGGCUGCUAGCGGCCGCGGUGCGUGGGCACCUGGGCCGGCGCGGCGACGGGGGCCUCUUCGUCGCGCUGCUCGCCUCCCUGCUGCUCGAGGGAGGAUGGGGGAUGGAGGUGCCGCCCGGCCUCACGGGGAGAGUGCAGGGACGCCUGCUGCAGCUGUGCGAAAGCUACCUGCGUUCGGAGGAGUGCGCUUGCCGCCUGCGCGUGGAUCUGGGUUCGCUACCCCGGCUGCUGUCGCUGGUGCUCACGGUGCUGGGCAGCAAGCCGGCAUGCCUCCUGUCACGACGGACAGCGCGUCACGUCUCCACCGCGCUGCUGCGCUCCUUCCUCCACACGGUGCCGAGCUCCGGCCCGGCACGUGGUGACGGCGGCGACGACGGACGGCCGACGACGGUGACCCUGGGCCACGCCGUGCUGGUGAGCGCCGUGGGACCGCCGGUCGAGGAGACGCGUGUGCUGCCGGGGCUGCUGGUGGAGACCCCCGAGGUGGCGGUGAGCGUGGCGGGAGGGAGCCCAGGUGCCGAGGGAUCCAUCCGCGUGGCCGUUUUCAACACCUCUCUGUCGGGGGACGUGGCCGAGGGCGGCGAGCGGGAGCUGUGCCAUGAGGUGGCGGUGGGCGUGAGUGCGCACGGUGCCACGCUCGCGCAGCUUCUGAGUCUGGGUGAGCGGCUGCUGGCACUGGGGGUGCGGCUCCUCGCCUGCCAGAAGGUGGUUCACCCUGCGCUGUGCCAGUUCAUGGAGGAGCGCGGUGCACGCGUGCUCGACCGCCUCGGAGCUUCCCUCGUUGAGCCCCUCUGCCGCCUUACAGGCGCCCGGCCGCUAGGCUCGCUUGCGGGCGUCGUGACCCCGGCGCAGCUCGGACUCGUGCAGGGCACGGACGGCGUGCGCGUGGGGGAGAAGCGCUUCCUGCACCUGCGGGGGAUGGACGCCCCCGCGCCCCCCGUGUGCACGCUCGUGCUGUGCCACCGCAACGACGCCGCGCUCGCCGAGCUCAAGCUGGCGUGCCAGGCAGCCCAGCACGCCCUGCAGGCUCUGCUCAAGGAGCCCCUGGCCCUAUUUGGCGGGGGCUGUACGGAGACCCACCUGGCCGCCUACAUUAGACACGCGGCUAUGGGGAUGAGCGAGGAGCUGCUGCAGGAGCUGCGCUGCUCGCGAGCCCAGGUGCGCAGCGUGGCGUCACACCUGGCGGGCGCACUGGAGGCCGUGGCGUGUACGCUGAGCCAAGGCCGCGGCACCCACCUUGUGGACAGCAGGUUUGGGCACCUUUGGGUGGCGUGGCGAGUAGCUCUGCCGGACGAGGACUGGGAGGCCGUGCUCCAGAGUUGUGCGUGUGGCGCCGUGGUGUCUCCCCCGCCCGGCGUGAGCUGGCGGUGGCUGGGCCAACGUGGCCAUCGUGACUCCACAUCGCUGGGCGACGAGGCGACGGCUCCGACACCGCUACUCGCACCGCCAGAUCCUCCACCCUCUCUGCUGCUCGACUCCUUCACGGUCAGAAGCAAUGCCCUCCAAGUGGCUGUGGAGGUCGCCAGCCUCCUCCUGGAUGUUAAGUGCACGAUCGAGGACACCAAUUAGAAAUAAAGCCACCAAAUGUCUUCUUUCAGAUGGGACAGUCCCAGUUGCCCUGAAACAUUUGCAUAAAUCAGUAUUUUUGUCUUUGUUUAACAUGUAAACUUUAGAGAAGGGCCCUUAGGCUACAGAGGUAGGCUAUUCGAUAAUAGGGGCACGCUGUUAAGACUGUAGAGGCACGCUGUUGAGACAAAGUCAAUAUUUCACUGGAUGCAGAAGCCCAAACCGGUUAAACAUUACAAGGCUGCUUGUCAACACACUGUGUGAUUGGGUUUGGAAUGCCACAACGCUUGUGGGCCUUUUGCUCUGUGCCGUGAGUUGGAAUCUGUGUCAGUACUUGUUAUGUACAUGUCUGAAAUGACCCGCCCUGAAAUUAUUUAUUUUUUAUUUUGUAUGCAUAUGCAGGGUUGUGUUAACUUAUAAUAAAGCUAUUCUUGAUACAUG